UGGACCAGGUGGUGGCUGUGGAGAUGGAGAAGAGGAGCAGGGCCAAGGCCAGGAAGAUCUUCGAACAAAGGUGCAGUUGGGGAAAUGGGUGUGGCUGUGGGCCAGGCCUGUGCUGGCCACCCUUUCUCCUGCUGCAGACCCCGGGAGGGCCAUGAAGGUGCUGCUCCUCACCGGGCUCGGAGCCCUGUUCUUCACCUAUUAUUGGGCUGACAACUUCGACCCGGCUGUCCGCCAGGGAGCCCUUGUGCUGUUGACAGGGGCCAGUGCAGGUAUCGGGGAAGAGCUGGCAUAUCACUAUGCCCAUCUUGGCUCCCACCUGGUGCUUACUGCCCACACUGAGGCCUUCCUGCAGAAGGUGGUAGGGAACUGCCGGAAGCUGGGCGCUCCCAAGGUCUUCUACACUGCGGACAUGGUCUCCCCUGAGGUGCCAGAGCGCGUGGUGCAGUUUGCGCUGGACAAGAGGGGCGGGCUGGACUACCUCGUGCUGAACCACCUCGGUGCCGCCCCGGCAGGCACUCGGGCCCGCAGCACCCAGGCGACAUGCUGAUUCAUGCAGGUGAACUUCCUGAGUUACGUGCAACUGACUGCUUUGGCGCUACCUAGUCUGACGGACAGGAAGGGCUCCCUGGUGGUGGUGUCCUCACUGCUCGGCCACGUACCCAUGUCCUUCUCCAGCCCCUAUUCGGCGGCCAAGUUCGCACUGGACAGCUUCUUCGGCCCCCUGCGGCGGGAGCUGGACGUGCAGGACGUCAAUGUGGCCAUCACCAUGGGCAUCCUGGGCCUCCAGGAUUGCGCCUUGGCCGCCGAGGGUGUCAGGGGUGUCUCAAGGACCAAGGCGGCUCUGGGGCCCAAGGCAGCCCUGGCCAUGAUCCGCGGAAGUGCCACUCGUGCCUCUGGCGUCUUCUACCCAUGGCGCUUUCAUCUGCUCUGCCUGAUCCGGGCCUGGCUGCCACACCCGAGGGCCUGGUUCAUCCGCCAGGAGCUCAACAUCACUGCUGUCGCUGCUGCCUGAGCUCCUGGGGGUGGAGCCUCUUCAUCUUCUUAGAGGGGGACCCCCCAUAUCCAGCCAUCUUGAAGCUGGAACACAAACCGAGAUACCUCUGAGAGAGUGGCCCCAGCCCAAGAUAGAACCGUCAAGACAGAAAAGGAAAACCGAGAAAAACUACCAGCACCUGGAAACAAUGAAAACUCCAGUGUGAGAGCCGUGACUGUGCCAGUAGUACCUUGUCAGGGACUUGAAAGGCUUCUUGGACGUCAUUGUUGAUUGAUGUGAUCCCUGCUUCCAUUUUGCAGAUGAGAGAACUGAGGUUCAGGCUGAGAGAGGUGACGAGACUUGCCCCAGGGCCCUGGCCACACCAAACAGGUUGCACCAUUGCUGAGCCACCCUUGGAACCUUCUCUGUCUCCCACCUGGAACCACCUUAUUUGUUCUUUCCACUCAACCUCGGAGCAUCGCCCAACCCUUGCCCCAAGCAAGGGAGAGCUGCAAAGCUGUCCACCGGAUGGUAGGGUCCAAGGGCAGGGGAGGAGGGUAAGAACAUGUUAUAAGGUAGACCCAGCCUCCCGCUUCAUAAUAAAAAAUCCUUCCCUUGCACAUCUGUUGUUCAAAUUCCUUGAUUCUUCCAAUUUGCUGGCAGCAGGCACAGAAGAGGGGAAUGUGUGUACUAGAACUCUUAACCCCAUUGCACAAGUGGAGAAACUGAGACUGGGAGAGAUGUUGACUCACCCAGAAAGUCAGAGGUGGAAGGAAGGGUACUGAUCUUGGACUAAAGGCUUUGUUUGCUGCAUUAAGUACAUGGUUUGUGUACCAGUAAUGAUAACAUGGGUCGGGUACUACACACUUGACAUUCAUGAUCUCAUGGUCUCAUUUUACAGACGAGAAAACUGAGGCUUAGAGGGGAAGUCAAUGGCAGAAACAGGGAUUCUGACACCAGACUCUCUCUCUUUAAGGCAAAGUGUGAGCUAUCUGUGCACAUCACUGAUAUUUACAUAAAUGAAUUGAAAAUUGACACUCUCCCUAAAAUGGGAAACUAGAGGUGCUUGCGUAAAGAAAAGGCAACUGUAAAGAUAAAAACUGUAAAAUGAAUACAGUGUUAUAAAUUGCUAGCUACUGUUGGCUGUUCAAGGCUCUAAGAUGAGCAAAUGUUAGGACUAGCUCCAAAUUGAUACCGUCUUACUGAGAUAAAUAGGUUUGAAAAAUAAAAACCAGAAAAAUUUUUUUGUUCCCACCACACUUCCCAUCUCUGCACCACCUAAAAUUACAUCAAAUUAUAUCAAGUGCCACCAGUGGGCACUAUAUACUACAUCGUCUUCCUCAGCCCUAGCCCAGAGCUUGUUGGCCUUUUAUAAAAUGAAACCAAUACCUCCGUUUAUGGAAGUUUUAUUUUGUGCCCGGUAUUAUACCAUUAUAUUUGGUUCAAACAGUUUGGAAUAUGUCCUAUUAUUGUCCUCAUUCUAUAAAUGGAGAACUUUAGGUAUUGGGAGUUGAAGUCCUCUGCCGAUUCCAGGGUCAGCCAGCUAGCCAGACAGCAAUCCGCAGAGGUAGGAUUCGAACUUGCAACCAACCGGCAUAAGGAGGCAUCGCAGCCACAGGCACGUCCACCAAGUCGACACCUUCCUAGGGCCCGCUGGAGUAAACGCGCAUGCUCAAGGAGUCUGCAGGGAAGCCUCCAGCCGCGAGGGGGAGCCCGCGGCGUUUCUGCCUCUGGCCUGCGCAUCUCGCGGGGAGUAGAUAUCCCAGAGUUCCGUGCGGUGUUGGCCCUUUAGCCGCGGCAGCCAUUGAGGAGAGACAGCCAUGGCUCUGCGCUACCCCAUGGCCGUGGGCCUCAACAAGGGCCACAAGGUGACCAAGAACGUCAGCAA